AUGGCUCAUUCUCCCCGCAAGGUCCCGCUCUCCCUGGGCGACGAUGCUAUACGACCACGAACGAAAUCCAACACUUUCAGUUUCACGAGACGUGCCUAUUUCUGCGGUGUAGUGGUCGAAGGAGCCGACUAUGGAGAGGAAUUGUCUCAAGGUGCGUGCCAGGCGCACAUGAGCAGGCCGUACCACGUGGAGGUCUGGCGGAGCCAAACGACGAGGAUUCAUGGACUGAACAUACGUGUAGACAUGCGCGAUCUCAUCCAAUCACUUGGUGAUAGGAUGGAUCUCGGGUCAGAGCCGGACCCGAUGGAAUGUCAUUCUCCACCACUUGUGGACUUGUCUCCCGGCUCUCGCCGGCCUGCAAUGACCGAUUUUACUGGUCUUGCGGAUAUUGUCAAGGAACUGCUAACCACUGAACGCUCAUACGUCAAUCGACUCAAGAUGCUCAAAGACGAUUAUGCCGACCCUUUACGAAGUUUCGCUCGCAGCAAGGAUACUGCGGUUCUUCCACUGUAUGAAGCCAAGACGCUGUUCGGCAAUAUAGAUCAUCUGCUGCCGGUCAAUCAAGCGUUCCUGGAGGACCUUGAGAAGAUGGGUCGGGAGGGCGGCCCUGGAGUAGGCGAUGUGGCAUUGAAACACUUCAAGGAGUUGAAGGGGUUUGAGCACUACAGGAAAUACUAUUCCAAACGGGAAGAAGCUCAGAUGAUUUUCGAGCGCGAGGCGAAGAAGUCUUCUACCUUUGCGCAGUUCCUUGACCGUGUCAAAUACUCUGGACCUGAUGUCAAGAACCGUGUAGGACUGCGUGAACUAUUGAUGGAGCCCGUGCAGCGCAUACCCAGAUAUACCUUGAUGUUCCGCUCCAUGAUCAAAUUGAUGGCCAUUGGAGAUCCUCAACGUCAGGCACUCAUGGAAGCUGAUGAGAUCGCUGCUCAAAUAGCUGCAGCGGAGGCGGACGAGGAGACGAAACGGGCGCAGAUCCUAUAUUGCCUCAACUCCAGUAUAGAAGAUUUCCCUCCUGCUCUCUUCUCGAACUCACGUCGCUUCGUUGAUUGUAUCGACGUUGAGGAUGUCCUUCUCGAUAAUUCUGGACCAUCUGCUGUGGCGGCCGGCGGUGCCGGUGGGAGUCAGCCAGGCGGAAAUCUUCACUGUAGUCUUUUCUUAUUUGACGACAAACUCAUGAUCACGAAAAGACCGGCGAGUGGUGAUAAAGGUGGCAGGGAGCUUGCUGGACUAGAUGAUCCCGAGAAAACCACCAAGGCGGGCGGGAUCCUGCUUGGAAGCAAGAAGAAAACUGGCAUGAGUUACAAGGGCGUGGUGGAUGUUGUGGAGGUUGCCGUAGCUGAUGUCGGUGGCGCAGACAUACACAUGUUCCUCGAGCGCCCUCCACGAGACCAGAGUGACCGUUGGUCCGGGCGGCCUUUUCGUGCUCUUACAGUAACUCUUCCUGCGAACCCCAACGCCGACACGGUAGCCUUGCAGGAAGACAAGGCGCGGUUUUUGCAGAACUUCUGGGAUGUUCAAGCAAGAUAUCGGACGAAGCUUAACCAGUCUGUUGUACUCCGCUCUUCGGACUUUGAAGUGGAGAAUAGAGGGAGCAAGAUCACAAAUGCUAUCACGUAUUUCAACGUGUACACCAGAAUUGGUUAUCUCGAAGAGGCCAAGAAGCCGAAGGUUGUCCUUCAUCUCGAUCCUUCGGGGACUGCGGAUCCAAUACCACUCGCAAUACGUAGCAGCCCGUUAGUUGCUGUGCGGGUACAACCGCUGGAGGGCGAGUUGUGCCGAUACAAGGUCACGACCAGCGAUCCUGGCAUUGAAGAAGACGAGGACAUCGUGCAGACUAAUCGGCUUCCUGAACGAGUAGUGCAUACAAUCCAUCAGUACGGUCUUUUCAACUUCAGCACCGGACGUGCGUCUCUUCCUCCAACGCCAUCGACAACUCGCUCACGGGCGAAUAUCUUUGGGCUUGAUGCCAUCAGUCGUAACAUAUUCAAGUCGGAUCGACCAAAAUCCGUGAUGGGCGAGUCGUUUAUGGGGUCAGCCGUUGGCCAUCGACGGUCAAAGACGUCAUAUGCCGGUAGUCGGACGUCGACGUACACGGAAGCGUCAUCCGCGAACGAUGACAAUAUCUCUCGAUUCUCACGUGCCAAUUCGACUACCACGGCAGCAACUUCACUUGAUGACAGCUCCAUUGGUAGUAAUGGCGGGCGAUCUCGUUCUCUGCCGCGCGGGGGAAGGAGGCUUGUCAAGAGGAAACAACCAAGGCUGAAUGGGUCUGACAGCGAAGGAUCGCCACCCAAGCGGAACAGCAUCGCAUCUCUCCCGGUGGCAGGACCCUCCGGAAUGGCCGCUGACGACGAGUAUGACAGCGGACGGGAAUUCGGGGCAGCACCGCGGGCGCAUCGUGGAAUGAAUUUGGAUCCAUCUGAACGUGACCUUGCAUUACGCUUGGAACUGGCUCGACGCAACGGUGAGAGCCAACGCGAUCAACAAUACCCUCCUCUUUUGAUGGACACCGAUUACGGUCGCGAACGAACCUCAAUGCGGCCACAUUCAAGGGCUUCUAAGGAGCUGCCGCCUGCUCCUGUGGAGGAGCUGUCUGAUGAGGAUCCUCCGGAUACACAUCCGACCGCAGGUCCAUCAUAUAGGGAUCGCUCAAAUUCUGGACAUUCCGUGGACCUACGACCGAUGGGUCCACGGGCGAUCUCACCUCUUUCAUCCAUAAGGGGCGCACAGGUGUUAUCAGUGCAACCUAUUCCAUCCGAACUUGCUAUGGGAACUCCUCUGAUGAAUCUACCUUCAACGACGGCGUUGUCAAGAAGGACACCUAUUCCUCGUAGUAGACUGCAGCAGUUCAGUCGCACAGGCAGUCUGGAUGAGACUCCUAGACCUCCCUCAACGGACACACUACGUACUCCUGGAAGUGUAGAACCUCUGGCGAUCAGGAAGAAGGCGUCGAUACGGACCAAUGCGAGCACGUCCUCAUCGGGUUCUUGGAAAAGAGCGUUCACCUCCGUGACGCAUAGUGCGCCCGGAGGAGGCUCGCGUUCGCCAAGUCGUUCACCUCGCGGAGAGCCUUCCGGCUUACCGAUGGAGAAGGAAUUGGUUGCGGAGAACAUGGCGCGCAUGAUUAGACUAGUUGAGACGACUAAGGAAGACAUAGAGUCUUCUCGCCGUGCUGUCAAGCGUAUCAAGCUAGAGUCAGAGAAGUUGCGGACAUUGACGCCUGCUACGCCUGCGACUCCAACCACUGAAGAGCCUGCUGAUCGACCAACGUCGCCGCCGAGGACCCCAGGUAGACUUAUGCCAAGGCCUCCACCUGCUCAACCUUUGACCAGAGAGGCACAAGCGCGGAUGGAGGAAAUGCAGCGGCUAAUCGGCAAACGCAACAUCAACCCGCUGCUAGAAAGCUCACAACGCUCUCGGACUGGCAGCGUUGCUGGCGUUGGAAGCCCUCCAUCGCCACGAAUAGUGGAUCCUCCUCCACGGCUGAAGGAGGCGACGCGUGUGCUUGACGAUCUCGUUGAUCAGGUCGACGCUGGCCUGGACAAGGCGUUGAAGGGACAGGAGACUCUUCAAGGUGAGCUGCAGGGAUUGACCACCGGCUUCGAGGAGCAAUAUGUGCAGUACGAACAGAUGAGCGAGGAACUGCGCAGCGCAAACCGACAAUGCGUAGUGCUUAAGAGCCUCCUGAAUGACACUCACAAAGAGCAGUCCCGCAUGUACAAGGCGUUCAACGAAGAACUCGAUCACAUAUUCAAUGAUCUGGGUCUUCCUGAAGAUGAAGCUCGGACUGCACUAGCCAUGCAGCUGCGCGCAGCCAAGGAAGAGAAGAAUGAGCUACUCGCGGAGAACGCACGGUUGAAAUGGCGGCUACAAGACACCGAGAUGCGGAAAGACGAGUGGGGAGCAAUUUUACGAUCACAUGGACUAAUCUCUUGA